GAAGUGAUAACCCGGAAGAGAAAUGACCAGCCUGCCUGUGACCUCUCUGCUGUGUACGUAACGUUAGGGAGGAAAAAUGAGUGAACAGAGAUGUGAUUGUUCCGUUUUGCCUUCGACGCCGGCGAACACUCGGUUUGCUUCAGCGAGUUCACAGCGAGCAUAAGAACUGUAGUCAAGCUGUCCAGCAAACGACAUGUCGUUACGAACAGAAGCGGCAUUCGGUUAUUCGGUAAAUUUUAUCAGACGGACGACGGACGAUGCUAAACGUAUCUCGAACUAAUUGAAAUUUUACACUGUGCUGAUUCGUUGACAGCUUCAGAUGUUCCGCUUUUGAGCUGUUUGUUACAUGACAGCCGUCGUAUUUAUCCGACAACUAAACGCCAGGCGUGAAGCAGCCAGUUAGCCGCUUUAUUGGGACCUUUCGGUGGCGGUGACAGCCACGUCAGCUAACGCUAGCCCACAUCUCUGUAGGCUGUUACAGUGCGAACACCUUUGUGUUCUUAUUAUCUAGCGAAGACUUAGAGGCUAUUUUGUUUUGGUUUUUUUUGCUAAAAUGGCUCCGAUGGGUAUCAGGCUGUCGCCGCUCGGUGUGGCGGUGUUCUGCCUCCUUGGGGUCGGUGUCAUCUACCACCUCUAUGCAGGGGUCCUCUCCAGCCGCUUUGCUGCUUUCAGACAGAAGAGAAACGUGGAUCUGAGGGACCUGCUGGCUGUCUCAGUGGAAGCUGCAGUGCUCGGUGGCAGAGAGGUGAAAACGGUACGUGAGGAAAAUGGCCUGAAGGAGAAGUCAAAGGGCAAGACCAGGGAGGGAGCCAGUGAGCCUCUGACUAUGGGUGACCUGCAGUCUCACAGAAAGAUGUUUAACCUUAUAAAGAACACCUUCCCUGAAGUCAAGGUGAACAGCGAGGAACAUGACGACGUGGCGGACAAGGUGGCGUGGAACCGGGACAUUCCAGCCGACAUACUGGAUAAAAUAGACGGGGGCAAGGUUGUUCCUGCUGAGGGCAUCACUGUGUGGAUCGAUCCUCUAGACGCAACACAGGAAUAUACAGAGAAUCUGGUCAAUUAUGUGACCACAAUGGUAUGUGUGGCUGUAGAUGGUAAACCAGUCAUUGGGGUGAUACAUCAGCCAUUCACUGGGUUCACUGCCUGGGCGUUUGUAGGUCAGGGGUCAAAUAUGCGUCCCCGGUCGUCCUACAGUAUCAGCCCUCCGAAGGUGAUUGUAUCACGGUCCCACUCAGGAAAAGUGAAAAGUUACAUUCAGGGUGCUUUUGGAAACAGCACAACAAUCAUAGAAGCAGGUGGAGCAGGGUAUAAAGUACUAUCGCUUUUGGAGACGCCUCCGAGUGCAGCUGGUUCUAUAGACCAGGCAGAUGUUUACGUCCACAUCACCUUUAUUAAGAAGUGGGACAUCUGCGCUGGUGCAGCAAUACUGAAUGCUCUUGGAGGCCAAAUGACAACCCUGAAGGGAGAAGACAUUGACUACAGUGGAACUCCAGUCAACAAAGGAGGGCUGGUAGCCAGUGUUGGUGUGGACCAUAAGGCUGUCCUGGAGAGACUACCAAACUGGGACCCUGAAAAGCACUGAGAGACACUAACACAGAGCCAUUGAUAGUUUGUUCAGGUUGUAUUAAGGGCAACAUGUGGUGGUCCUUUCUGAUAUCUAAGAGUGGGUUACAAACUUAAUCAGGCCUGCAUGAUUUCAGCAUUGUGGGAUACCAAACAUCUGCCAGUCAGAUGGAUUGUCUCUGGCAAGGGUCACCGAGCAGGAACCAACAUGGCUGACGCAAUGGCUCUGAACACACACUCCCGGACAUGCAUACAUACUUGCAGCAAGGAGAAUCGGUACAUCAUGCAUAUACAUGCAUAUACAUGUUCACAGUGAACACUGGACAACAGCUGAUCUUCACCUUCAGAGGACAACCGGAUGACUGUAAUGUGAAAUGUUUAACUGAGGAGCACAAUAUGACAACCAUACGUGUCAUAAAUGUCUUUUCAUCAUUCAUCACUUGAUAUUCCAGUGAAAAUACUAAGAAUAAGGAACACCUUGUUUUCCAAACAGGCACCGUACCAUUUUAGUCAACAUCAAUGAAACAGCCACCUAUCAUUAUCUGAGACUGCCUCAAAACAAUCAGUGUAAUGUUGAGCCUGGAGGCCACUGGAUUGGAUUUCAUCGACCAGCGCCAUUAUACCACAACAAUUCACUUCACAUUGUCUUAAAGUGAUCCGCUGCUUCAAGGCUGUCAGCAGAGGUGAGCGCAGAGAAUGGAGCAUUUGAGGGGUUUGGGUUGACAAUAAAUAUUUUCACCAUAGAGUGUCAGCUUCACCGGAAGGUCAUUACAGUGAAAUAAAAACAAAUACAUUAUACAUUUUUAAGUCUUUUUUGAGGGUCAUCACCUCAUCAUUACAUCCCAGAAGGGAUCUGAUUAAUGAUGCUUUGCAGCCAAAUAAGAUGAAAAAACUGUUUCAUCAUAAUGAAGUUGAGGUCAAGAAAAGGGUAAACUUUUCUACUUUCUGAUUAUAUCUUUUCUGAGACAGAUUUUUGCCUGAUUAUCUGUUGUCAGAAACGGGUGUGGAUAUAUACAUAUAAAUAUAUGAGGUUAUACACAAACAGCACAAUAUGAUAACUGCAAAGUGUCUAACGAAACAUCUGAUAUGAACAGAUGCAGCAAGGUUGAAGGUUUGCUGCAUGAUAGGCACUGAGUGUAAGGACAGGAAAGGAGAAUCAUGGGAAAGUGUUUAAUGAACUUUAAUCCUGACGAGCAGGUCAGGAUGCACAGAUUGUCAUUUUUGGUCUUUAUCUUCUUCAACACAUGUAAAUAAAUAAAAAGAGUUGGGCUGAAUUAAAGUCA